CGGAAGCCAUCUUGAUUGUCAACAAGUUUAGCCAUAACCACCUAGCCAUUAGUUUCUUUUGUUCCUGCUCCCCAUUUUACAAUUCCUGUUAUCUUGUUUGGUUUCUCGCUUUUUUAGCAACGUUAUUUACUUCCCCUGAGCAAAGAUGGCCUUCCCUGUCUCUGCAAUUGGAUUUGAAGGCUAUGAGAAGAGGCUUGAAAUAUCUUUCUUUGAGCCUGGAAUCUUUUCUGAUCCUGGAGGAAAGGGCCUCCGUUCUUUGACCAAAACUCAGCUGGAUGAGAUCCUUACGCCAGCUGAAUGCACAAUAGUUGGGUCACUUUCAAAUGCAGAAGUUGACUCAUACAUCCUUUCUGAGUCCAGCCUUUUCGUUUACUCUUACAAGAUUAUCAUCAAAACUUGUGGUACCACAAAACUUCUUCUCUCGAUUCCGCCAAUCCUUGAGUUAGCUGCCUCUCUUUCCCUCUCUGUAAGAGCUGUUAGGUACACUCGUGGAAGUUUCAUAUUUCCAGGAGCUCAGUCAUUUCCACAUCGUAACUUUUCAGAGGAGGUUGCGAUACUUGACGGUUAUUUUGGGAAGCUUGGAUCAGGCGGUAGAGCUUAUGUGAUGAGCAGUCUGGUUGAGUCACAAAAGUGGCACACAUACUCUGCUUGUGCAGAAAUGGACAACAUCCAGAACCCAGUUUAUACUCUUGAGAUGUGUAUGACCGGCUUGGACAACAAGAAGGCUUCUGUUUUCUACAAGACUCAAGCAAGCUCUGCAGUUGAGAUGACUAAUGUUUCUGGUAUAAGGAACAUUCUUCCACAUUCCAAGAUCUCUGAUUUUGAAUUUGAUCCAUGUGGUUACUCUAUGAAUUCCAUCGAAGGUGCUGCAAUCUCUACAAUUCAUGUUACCCCGGAAGAUGGUUUCAGUUAUUCAAGCUUUGAAGCAGCAGGCUACAAUUUGAAAACUCUGAAUCUGAAACAAUUGAUAGGCCGGGUUUUGUCAUGUUUCCAACCAAAGGAGUUCUCUGUAGCUAUUCAUGCCACUGAUGGCUCGUGGGACUGCCCACUGGAUAUUCCGGGAUAUGAGGGUGGAGAGAGUAGCUGUCAACUUCUUGGAUUGGGUGGCUCUGUUGUUUACCAGAGUUUUGUUGGGAAUGAUGAUUUGGGGUCUCCCAGGUCAAUUUUGAAGUGCUGCUGGAAGGAGGAUGAAGAUGACCAGGAUGAUGCUGUGAUCGUUAAAUGCUAGUUACUGUUUGGUGGCUGGAAGGAGGAUGAAGAUGACCAGGAUGAUGCUGUGGUCGUUAAAUGCUAGUUGCCAUUUCUUGUUUUGUUUGUUUGUUAUUUCAACUAUGUAGUUACAAUAAAUAAGGUCUUAUAUUUGGGGAGUAGUUAGAAAUGACAUUUAUCUAAAAUGGUUGGUGUAGUACAAUUCUAAUGUUUGUGUUUUGGGACUUGAAACGUGUGAUUAAUGAGAAGGAUUUAAGUAAAAUUUCCAGUUAUUUUAUA